CCAGUUCAGUUUCUCGAUGAACGCCGACCCGAGCGGGGGGCUUUGAUUAUCGGCUGCGAGUGCGUGCGUGCGUGCGUGCCUGUGCCCCAAACAAUAAUCGCCGUGUGGUUCGAUUUUAUCGCGCGCGCCCCGUGUGUGUCGCCAGGACCAGAAGGCUUAUGUGUGUGUGCGUGUGUGCGAACGGUAUUGCAGGAAGUAAUAGCGAGCAGCGUGUACGUCAGCACGUCAGAUUUGGAAAGAGUUCAGUUCAUGUUUACUGGAGGUGUGCCAAAAAAUAAAAGCGAAAGCAAGAGAGUUUAAAUAAUCACAUAUCAGCAGCCGUGAGGUAAAAGUUUCCGAGUGUGUAAAAGUGCAGGUUGCAGUGCAAUUAAAAUAAUAAUUUUGUGUGUAUUUUUUCGAAUCUGAUUGUUUACAAAAGAGUUGAAGAGAAGAAGUAAAAAAAUCGCGUGAAAAAUCCUAUUUUUCCUCAGUUUUGUUUGCAAAAAUAGUGUGAGUGUGUGUGUGUGUGUGUAAGUGCGGUUUCGUUUGUAUUGUAUCCUUGGUGUUUCGUGUGUUGCCGUGUGUUGUUAGUUCUCGCCUGUUUCGCGUGUUAUCGCGUGUGCAAGCGAAAUCUUUUCCUGUUCUGGUGAAAGUUUUUUUUUGUGUUUUGGUUUGGUUUUGGUUUUGCAAAUAAAAAGCUCACGAAAAGAAAGGCGAGUGAGCGAGCGAGGAGUAGGAAGAGUAGCAAGAUUGAGCAAUUUGAUAAAUAGAUAAAGGUCACGCAAGGCAGAAAAGGGGUUCAAGCCCCGGCAGCCGGCUACAAGUGGAAGUUAAUUGCAAUUUUUCCCCCAAUUGGAAAAGUGCAAGGCGGCGACGGAGGGCGGUUGGUGAUUUAGCAGAGGUUUGGGAAGCGUUUUCGUUCGAGCAUCUAUUAAAGCUAUAUCAUCAAUAUUAGCAGCCAUUGUAUAAGAAACUGCACGCUGAAAAAAAAUAAUAGAUGCUCUGCUGACGUUCGAAGAUGAGUUAACGGUUAGCUGAAGAUGAUACCGGGUGUGGGCGGAGUGCCACGAGCGCGGUUACUUGCACUUCUCCUCCUAGCGCUGGUGGAAGUGAUAGCGCGCGCUCUAGGCGACCCCGCUCCCUACAUCGCCGGCAGCAGCAGCAGCAGCAGCAGCAGCACUUUCCUUGAUGCUGUUGUUGGUGGUGGUGCCGUAAGCACUACUAGCAAUGACGUUACGUCCGAACCGGUCCGCCAUCAGCGUUCGGCAUCGGGCCGGGCGGCGCAACCACCACCGUACAGCUUUCACUUUGCCCACGCGGUGUACAAUGUGUCGAUACCGGAGAACAGCGUCAUCAAGACGUACGCGGUGCAGCCGCCGAACGAGCCGCGCAUGGGCCUGCACGUGACGCCCGAUCUGGAGGUGCGGUACAAGAUAGUGGCGGGCGAUAAGGACCGCUUCUUCAAGGCGGAAGAGCGCGCGGUCGGCGAUUUUGUGUUUCUUGCGAUCCGCCUGCGCACCAACAACAUUGUGCUGAAUCGCGAGAAGGGUGACAGCUACCGGCUGGAGGUGAAGGCGACCGGGACGCGCCGGGAAGGGAAAAGUCGCACCACGCUCGAGGCGGACACGACGAUCGAUGUGCGGGUGCUGGAUGCGAACGAUCUGAGCCCACUGUUCUACCCGACCGAGUAUGCGGUCGCGAUAACGGAGGAUACGCCGCUGCACAAAAGCAUCCUGCACGUGGUGGCCGAGGAUGCCGACCUGGGGCUGAACGGCGAGAUCUACUACAGCAUCCUGGACGAGACGGAGCAGUUCGCGGUCCACCCGACGACGGGCGUGAUAACGCUGACGCGGCCGCUCCGGUUCGCGGAACGGGCGCUGCACGAGCUGACGGUGGUGGCGAACGAUCGGGGCAUUGGAUCAACGAGCCGGAAUCAGGCGAGCAAGGCGCGGGUGAAAAUUAAGGUUCUGCAGGUGAAUCUGUUCGCGCCGGAUAUUUACGUACAGGCGCUGCCGGACAUACUGGAAAACUCCAACACAAACAUCUUCGGCAUCGUGCGCGUCACGGACAAGGAUAAGGGUGUGCACGGGCAGAUCAAGAGCCUGGACAUAGUGGACGGCGAUCCGGAUGGGCACUUCCGCAUCAAGCCGACCGACCGCCCGGGGGAGUAUGUGAUCGAGGUGCACCGGUUGCUGGAUCGGGAGACAGCCCCCGCCGGCUACAACCUAACGCUGCGGGCCGUCGAUCGGGGUGUGCCGCCGAAGCAGAGCUACCUCGUGACGCCGGUCCGGCUCGCCGACAUCAACGAUAAUGCGCCCGUGUUUAAUCGUGAAAUUUACGAAGUUUCGGUGCCGGAAACGUCACCCCCCAACACGCCCGUCAUACGGCUGAAGGUGACGGAUCGGGAUGAGGGCAAGAACGCGAAGGUGUUCCUGGAGAUUGUCGGCGGCAAUGAGGGGGCCGAGUUUCGGGUGAACCCGGAGACGGGUAUGCUGUACACGGCCGUGCCGCUGGAUGCGGAGCUGAAGGCGUUCUACACGCUCACCGUGUCGGCCAUCGAUCAGGGCAACCCGGGUACGCGCAAGCAGUCCUCGGCGAAGGUGAAAAUCAACGUGCAGGACACGAACGAUAACGAUCCGAUCUUCGAGACGGCUAAUUUGACGAUCUACGUGGAUGAGAAUGAACCUGCCGGCACCUCGGUAACGAAGGUGACGGCGCGGGAUAAGGAUCUGGGCGAGAAUGCGUACAUCUCGUACAGCAUCGCUAACCUGAACGAUGUGCCGUUCGAUAUUGAUCAUUUCUCCGGGACGGUGCGCACCUCGAAGCUGCUCGACUACGAGAGCAUGCGGCGCGAGUAUGUGCUGCGGGUGCGCGCAUCCGACUGGGGCCUUCCCUACCGGCGGCAGACGGAGAUGCAGCUCGUGAUUAAGCUGCGCGACGUGAACGACAACCGGCCACAGUUCGAGCGGAUCGACUGUCUCGGCAGGAUACCGCGCUACACACCGAUCGGGACGGAGAUCUUCACGCUGUCGGCGCUCGACUUUGACUAUGGCAGCGUGGUGACGUACCGGUUGCUGUCCGGGUUUGAGGACGGUUGCUUCAAUCUCGACUCGGUGACGGGCAUCAUCUCGGUCGGGUGCGAUCUGAACGAUGUCGGUGUGGAGCAGCGCGAGCUGAACGUCACCGCGACGGACGGGACGCACUUUGCCGAUACGGCACGCAUUCAGAUCAGCUUGGUGCGCAACCGGAGAAAUCUGGGCGCAAACCUGAAGGCGGAAGACGGCGCUACGUUCGAGUGUCGGGAGACGGGUGUCGCGCAACGGUUGACGGAAAUUAUGGCCGCAGCCGAGCGCAACAAUAUGCCCGGUCGGGAGGCAGGUGCUAGUGGUGGAGCUGCCGAUGAUUUCGCCAUGAUGCCGAGUCGGUACGGGGAGAAUGUGCACGCGCCAGAGUUUGUAGAUCUGCCGCUGGAGGUUAAGAUCAAUGAGUCGGUACCGCUCGGUACGACGAUCACUUGGAUUAAGGCGCGCGAUCGAGACCUUGGCUACAAUGGGAAGCUCGUGUUUGGCAUCUCCGGUGGGGACGACGACUCCGUGUUUCGGCUCGACCCAGACAACGGGGAGCUGAAGAUCAUCGGCUAUCUGGACCGCGAGCGGCAGGACGAGUACCUGCUCAACAUCACGGUGUACGAUCUCGGCAAGCCCCAGAAAUCCAUCUCCAAAAUUCUGCCCCUCACCAUCCUGGACGAGAACGACAAUGUGCCGAAGUUCGAGAAGUCGCUCGCGAGCUUCCGCGUGACGGAGAACGCCAUCAACGGAACGAUCAUCUUUCGCGUGAAGGCAACGGAUGCGGAUCUGGGCCAGAAUGCCAAGAUCACGUACAGCCUGGUGACGGACACAAAAGACUUCCGGGUGGAUCCGGAAACGGGCGUGCUGACCGUGGUGGCGCCGCUCGAUCGCGAACGGCAGGAGGUGUACGAGCUGAAGAUACGCGCCACUGAUGGGGGUGGCGAUCAGAACACGCCGGCCCUGUACUCGGACGCGCUGGUGCGCGUAACCGUCGACGACAUUAACGAUAAUGCGCCCGAGUUUGCGGUGCAGGACCUGACGGUGCGCAUACGGGAGGAUGUACCGCGCGGCACGGUAGUGACGGUAGUGUCCGCGAUCGAUCUCGACAGCGGUACGAGCAGUGAGAUUGUGUACAGCUUUGGGGAGAACGGUGACGGGGAAGGAUCGUUCCGGAUCGACAAGCAGUCGGGCACGAUACGGACGGCACGGAUGCUCGACUUUGAGGAGCGGCAGGUGCACAGUUUGAUCGUGAAAGCGAUCGACCGGGGCACACCGUCCCUAUCGUCGGAAACGUCGGUGAUAGUGGAGGUGAUCGAUGUGAACGAGAAUCGGUUCGCGCCGCAGUUUGAGGACUAUGUGCUGACGGGUGCGAUCGCGGAGAACAAGCCGCCUGGUGCGCAGGUGAUGCAGGUACUGGCGAAGGAUGCCGAUCUGCCCGGACCGGACUCGCGCGUCACGUACUCGAUCAAGGGUGGCGAUGGGCUCGGCAUCUUCACGAUCGACAAUGAAGGAACGAUACGCACGCUGGCCUCAUUGGAUCUGGAAACGAAACCGAACUACUGGCUGACGGUUUGCGCACAGGACCAAGCCGUUGUUCCGCUGCACUCUUGCGUACAGGUUUACAUCGAGGUGCAGAACGAAAACGAUAACGUGCCACUCACCGAGGACGCCGUGUACUAUCCCUCGGUACCGGAAAGCAGUCCGCCGAACGUGAAGGUCCUGCAGCUAGCGGCCGAAGAUCGAGACAUCGAUCCACUGCAGCAGAUUUCCUAUCGCAUUAUCUCCGGCAAUCCGGAGGGCAACUUCGCCAUCAACAGCACCAGCGGAUUAAUAACAACCACCGCGCGAAAGCUGGAUCGGGAAAAUCAACCUGAACAUAUACUUGAGGUCCUGGUGAUGGACAACGGCGAGCCGCAGCUAUCGUCGACGACGCGCGUCGUCGUGCAGGUCGAGGACGUUAACGACCACGCGCCCGAGUUCGAUCAGAAAAUGUACAAGGUGCAGAUACCGGCGAACGCCAAAAUCGAUCAGCCACUGUUUCAGAACGAUUACGCUAGCAGUGGCUACGAACCGCCGGAGCUGGAACUGACCGAACCGAUGCUGUCCGAUCCGGACGUCGGGCUGGACGAUGCGGCCACGUGGGAAUCGUUUCCGGAGAAAAACUUCAACGACCUGCAAGUCAUCUUUCGGGUACUGGCAACGGAUCAGGAUAUCGGCGAAAACGGUCGCGUCACGUACUCGAUCAAGCCGGGCCGCGGGAAGGCGAAAAAGUUCCGCAUCGAUCCGGACACGGGCGUGAUCUAUGCGGCCCGCACGUUCGAGAUCGACACCGAGUACGAUCUGCUGGUGCGGGCGGAAGACCACGGCGUGCCGAAGCGCUCCCAGCAGGCGCGCGUCGUCGUGGCCGUCGUCGGUGUGCCGCUCGAGUCGGAGAACGCACCGGUGGUGAAGACGGGCGACCAGCACGUGGAGGUGACGGAGAGCGAUGCGCCCGGCUACCUGGUGACGCUGAUCCAAGCGUCCGAUGCCGACGGCGAGCAGGUCUGGUACGACAUUGUGGGCGGCGACGAGCGGCACGAGUUCUACAUCGGGCGGGACAAUGGGAACGUGCUGCUGGCGAAGUAUCUGGACUGGGAGCGGCAGCGUGAGUACAACAUCACGAUCAGCAUCUCGGACGGGGUGCACAUGGUGUACACGCAGCUGUACGUGUCGGUGAUCGACAUCAACGACCAUCGGCCCGAGUUUACCGAGUCGGUGUACCGGGUGGACAUUUCGGAGAACAUCGAGGAGGGCAUGGAGGUGCUGCAGCUGCACGCAACGGACGAGGACGAGGAUAAGAAGCUGUUCUACAGCUUGCACGCGGCCAGGGAUCCGGUAUCGCUGAAGCUGUUCCGGGUGGAUUCGGUCACCGGGAGCAUCGUGAUGGCGCAUCGGCUCGAUCGGGAAACGCUCGCCGAGCACGUGCUGAUAGUGAUUGUGAAGGAUCAGGGUACGCCGGCGAAGCGCAACUACGCCACCGUCAUCAUUACCGUGCACGACCAUAACGACCAUGCGCCCGAGUUCACGACGAAGAUCGUGCAGGGGAAGGUGUACGAGACGGCGGCGGUCGGGACGCAGGUGGUGCAGGUGUACGCGAUCGAUCGGGACGUGGGCGACAAUGCGCAGAUCGCGUACACGAUCGUGAGCGGCAACAUUGGCAACGUGUUCGGCAUCGAUCCGAGCAUGGGCGUGAUCAGUGUGGCGAAGCAGCUCGACAUCAGCGCGCUGUCCGAGUACAUGCUGCAGGUGAAGGCGACCGAUGGUGGGAAGCCGCCGCUCUCCUCCCAGAUCCCGGUGCACAUCAUGAUCGGCAUGGCGGACAACGCACCGCCCCGCUUCAUCUCGGACGAUCCGGCGGCGGAAAUCUACGAAAACCAACCGAUCGGCACGUUCGUCAUACAUCUGGAGGCACGCAGCACCUCGUCGCUGCUGUUCCAGAUCAUCGGCGGCAACGUGGGCGACAUGUUCUUCAUCAACCCGUCGACGGGCGUGAUCACGACGAAGGACCAGCUCGACUACGAGCACAACAAGUUCUACAAUUUGACGGUGCGCGCCACGAACAUGGCGUCGGCGUCGGCCACCUGCUCGGUCACUAUUAACGUGCUGGACCGCAACGACAACGUGCCGUACUUCGAGCAGCAGGUGUACUGGGGCGAGGUAUCGGAGGCGGCCCCGAUCGGAUCGCUCGUGCUGACGCUGUCGGAAGCACUGGCGCCGAACGUGAGCGGCAGUGCGAUAACGGGCAACCAUAAUCAUCUCGUGAACGCUUCGCUGCCGCUCGUAAUCCGGGCGCGGGACGAUGAUUCCGGCCUGAAUGCGCUGCUUCACUAUGACAUCCUGGAUAUGCUGCCGCGCAGGUACUUCCACAUCGACUCGAGCACCGGCGCGAUCAAGACGAUCAUGUUCCUGGACCACGAAAAGAUCCCGUUCUUCAGCUUUCACGUCAAGGUAACUGAUCUCGGCAAGCCACGGCUGACGUCGGAACUGACCGCGGAAGUUCGCAUCAACAUCACGGACGUGAACGACUGUGCGCCGACGUUCAGCCAGAGCGAGUACAACGUGACGCUGCUGCUGCCGACCUACGCCAACGUGGCCGUGCUGCAAGUGAACGCGACCGACGAGGACAGCUCGGAAAACUCCACCCUCCGGUACGACAUCAUCGAGGGCAACCGGGACGGUGUGUUCGCAAUCGAUGCCACCACCGGCAUCAUUACGACGCGGGACGUCGAAAGCAUUGGCCCCGCCUACCGGCUAGCGGUGCGCGUCUCAGACGGCAAGUUCGCGAAGGUGGCGCAGGUGCACGUGAACGUCGAGACGUCCGAAAACUCGGGCCUCAUCUUUCAGCGCCCGACGUACGAGGGUUCCAUCAUGGAGAACAGUACGAAAAUCAGCACCGUCGCGGUGGUGAACGUGCUCGGCUCGACGCUGAACGAACACAUCGAGUUUGCCAUCCUCAACCCGACGGACAUGUUUCAGAUUGGGCUAACGUCCGGCGCGAUCCAGACGACGGGCCGCAAGUUCGAUCGGGAGGUGCGCGACAACUACGAGCUCAUCGUGGAGGCCCGCUCCCAGCAGCCGGACCGGGAGAAACCGCGCGUCGCUCACGUCAUCGUGAACGUGACGAUACUGGACAUCAACGACAACUGUCCGAUGUUUGUGAACCUGCCGUACUACGCGGUCGUGUCGGUGGACGAUCCGCGCGGCUCCGUCAUCACGAAGGUGCACGCGCUCGACCUGGACAGCUUCGAGAAUGGGGAGGUACGGUACGAGAUGAAGCGCGGGCACGGCGAGCUGUUCAAGGUGGACCGCAAGACGGGCGAGGUGACGCUGAAGCAGACGCUAGAGGGCCACAACCGCGACUACGAGCUGCUGAUAUCGGCGUACGACGGCGGCAUCACACCCUGCUCGACGGACGUUACCGUACACGUGAAGGUGAUAGAUAAAUCGAUGCCGGUGUUCAGCAAGCAGUUCUACUCGGACACGGUUGCGGAAAACAUCGAGCUGCAUUCGCCACUGUCGGUUGCCAUCCAGGCGGAGAGCCCGCUCGGCCGGAAGCUGAUCUACAGCAUCGUGAAGGGCAACGAGAUGGAGGAGUUUGCCGUCGAUUUCAACACGGCUCCGGACAGUACCAACGGGCCAUGUGCCAUCUACGUCGUGGACGAGCUGGACUACGAGCGGCGGCAGACUUAUGAACUUUUAAUUAGAGCCACGGACAGCGUGUCGGGCGUGUCGGCCGAGGUGCCCGUGUCGGUGCUGGUGCAGGACGUGAACGACUGCCCGCCGGAAAUCGAGCAGGACAGCUACAACAUCACCGUGUCCGAGCGGGCCCCCUUCGGUACGGCCAUCCUGAAGGUGCAGGCAAAGGAUAACGACACCGGUAUCAACCAGGUAAUCAACUACGCACUGCAGACGGAUUCCAAGAACACCUCCGAACACUUCCACAUGGACCCGGCGGACGGGGUGAUCUAUCUGAAGAAAUCGCUCGACCACGAAACGCUCAGCCACCAUCACUUUACCGUCGUUGCGUCGGACAAGGGCGUACCGAGCCUGAGCUCCACUGCCCACGUCUGGGUGUCAGUUAUGGACAUGAACGAUAACCCGCCCAAGUUCGAGCAGCCGUCGUACUCAUGCGUCCUGUCCGAGCACGCAUCCCGCGGCCAGUUCGUGACGGUCGUGUCGGCCUCCGAUCCGGAUUACAUCGAUCACGAUCGGCUCGUGUACACGAUUGCCCAGGGCAACGAGCUGCAGACGUACGGGAUCGAUCCGGUGAGCGGCAUCAUCACGCUGGUCAACAUGCAGAACUUUGCCGAGAAGCAUGUAUCCAUCCUGAACGUCUCGGUAACGGACGGCGUGUACACCAGCUUUACGCGCGUCAAAAUCACCAUCCUGCCGGCUAACCUGCACAAUCCCGUGUUCGAGCACAUGUUCUACGAUGCGAAGGUGGACGAGAACCAGCUGGCCGGGCGGCUCGUAACAACGGUCAAGGCGACGGAUAAGGACUUUGGCGAGUACGGCCGGCUAGCGUACUCCAUCAUCUCCGACGACAUGCAGGAAUACUUCUCGAUCGAUAAGGAGAAGGGCGAAAUCGUGACGAAGAAAAAGCUCGACCGGGAGGAGCGCAUGCAGUACGACAUCCCGGUGAUGGCGGUCGACGCGGGCGGGCGGGCCGGGUUCAGCACGGUGCGGCUGCGCGUCGGCGACGAGAACGACAAUCAGCCGGUGUUCCAGUACCGGGAGUACAAGACGCUCAUCCAGGGCAACCUGACGGUGAACACGACGUUCUACCGGGUGCGGGCGGUCGAUGCGGACGACAACCAGAAUGCGGUGGUGAAGUACUCGAUCUUUGACUCGCAGAACAGCGGCAUCCGGGAGCUGUUCGGGGUAGACGAGAAUACGGGCGGCCUGUACCUGCAGAAGAGUGCCGUGCAGUGGGAGAACCAACUGUUCCAGUUCUUUAUCCGUGCGCAUGACGGCGGUACGCCCUCGCUCUACUCGGACGUCCCGAUCGACAUCUACGUCAUGAGUUCGGCCGAAAACCCGCCCCUGUUCGAGAAGAAGGACCGCAAACUGUUCCUGUCGGAAAGCUCGCUCCCGGGCACGGUCAUCACGCGGCUGAAGCUGUCCGGCAACGUUACCGCCCGGUAUCGCAUCCUGUCGGACGAGCUGGAAGAGCCACAGUUCUCGAUCAACGACGCCGGGCAGCUGCGGCUGGCGAAAACGCUCGACCGCGAGGUGCGCGAUGCGCACCUGAUCGCGAUCCUGGCCGAGACGGACUCGAGCCCACCGCUAACGGCCGUCACCGAGAUCGUGCUGCACGUGCAGGACGAGAACGACUACACGCCGAUCUUCGAAAGCAACCCGUACUCGUUCGCGCUCGCGGAAAACAUUGAAAAGGGCAGCUCGAUCAUGAAGCUGACGGCGCGCGACGCGGACAGUGGCUCCAACGGUGAUAUCCGCUAUGCGCUCUCGCCGGACGUCGGCGACAUUGUGAACAUCUUCGAUGUGGACGCGUACACCGGCUGGAUCACGACGCUGGUGGCGCUGGACAAGGAGAAGCGCGAGGACUACAAGUUCCAGGUGCUGGCGACGGACAACGGGCAGCCGAAGCACACGACCCGCUCGACCGUGAUCGUGCGGCUGAAGGAUUACAACGACUGUCCGCCGGUGUUUCGCGAGGGGCAGUACAAGGCGAGCGUCAGCGAGGACGCACUGCCCGGGACGGUGGUGCUGCAGAUCGCCACCACCGACAAGGACGUCGAGCUGCGGACGGCGGUCGAGUACUACAUCAUCGCGGGCGAUUCGCUGUCCCAGUUUCAGAUCAAAAACAGUGGCGAAGUGUUCGUGGUGAAAGCGCUCGACCGGGAAAGCAUCGCCGAGUACGAGCUGAAGGUGAUCGUGACCGAUGGCAAGUACACGGCGACAGCAAACAUCUCGGUCACGGUGCUGGAUGCGAACGAUAAUCCACCGUACUGUUUGAAGUAUCGCUAUCGCGAACAGCUGAGCGAAGGGGCCCGCCCCGGCACGCACGUACUGCAGGUGCUUGCCAACGAUAUGGACGAGCCGGCGAACAGUCGGCUACGGUUCUAUCUGACCGGCAAUGGGGCGGAAGACUUCAAUCUGGACAAGGACACGGGACACCUCAAGACGGCACGCAAGCUGGACCGCGAAACUCAGUCCCGCUACAGCCUGAUGGCGCACGUGCAGGACCGCGACCAUCCGGGCUGGGAGUGCUCGUCGCAGAUCGAGCUAGCGCUUACCGAUCUGAACGACAAUGCGCCCGAAUUCUCGAUGAACCCGUACAGCGUGACGCUGCCGGAGGACGCGGAGGUCGGCACGCUGGUGACGAAGAUCCACGCGACGGACGCCGACAUCGGCAUCAAUCGCAAGAUCAAGUACGCGUUCCUCGACUCGUACCGCGACCACUUCCGCAUCGCGCCCGAGUCGGGCAUCGUGACGCUCGCCAAACCGCUCGACCGCGAGCAGAAGGCACUGUACAACCUGUCCGUCAGUGCGACCGAUCUGGGCCAUCCGGCGCUCUCGAACGCGGCCACACUCGUCGUCAACGUGCAGGACAUCAACGACAAUCCGCCCGAGUUCACGUCGAAGCACUACUUUGCGUCGGUGCCGGAGAUCAAUGCGAUCGGGUCGGAGAUUUUGAAGGUGCUGGCCACGUCGAAGGACACCGGCAUCAAUGCGGAGAUUACGUACUCCAUCAUUGGGGGUAAUGAGCACCGGAAGUUUAGCAUCCACAACCGGACGGGCGUCCUGUCGCUCGCCGACACGCUCGACUACGAGCGGGCGAAGGACUACUUCCUGACGAUACAGGCGGUGGAUGGGGGCACGCCGCCGCUCAGCAAUCUCGCCACGGUCAACAUCUCCGUCACGGACAGCAACGACAACCAUCCGCAGUUCACGCAGAACUCGUACAGCGCCCGGAUCCGGGAGGACGCGCAGCGCGGCGACCGCAUACUGCAGGUGCGCGCGAACGACCUCGACUCGGAGGAGAACGGGCGCGUCAGCUACACGAUCGAGCGGGGCGACCGGAUGGAGCAGUUCGCGAUCGAGGAGGACACCGGGUACGUCGCGGUGGCCGGCACGCUCGACCGCGAGUCCAUCUCGAACUACGUGCUGGAGGUGCAGGCGCGCGAUCACGGCGUGCCGACGCUGACCGCGUACGUGCUGGUGAACAUCGAAAUUUCCGACGCGAACGACAAUCCGCCCGUGUUCACGCAGCAAAACUACACCGCCGUCGUGCAGGAGGACAAACAGAUCGGCCACACGCUGCUGAAGUUCGACGUGACGGAUGCGGACACGGCCCCGAACGCGGCACCGUACACGUUCGACUUCCGCUCCGGGAACGAGGGCGGUGCGUUCCGCAUCGAGCAGGACGGCAUACUGCGCACGGCGACGCGGUUCAACAGCAAGAUCCGGGACAGCUACCAGCUGCAGGUGCGCGUGUUUGACAACGGCACGCCGCCGCUCUACUCCGACACGUGGGUGCUGGUGAAGGUGAUUGAGGAGUCGCAGUAUCCGCCGGUCAUCACGCCGCUCGACAUUGCGAUUAACUCCUUCUUGGACGAGUAUCCGGGCGGUGUGAUCGGGAAGGUGUACGCGACGGACCAGGAUCAGUACGAUACGCUUACGUACGGGCUCGCCCCAACGGUCGGUGUGCUGUACUCGCCUACAAAUCUGUUCAACAUCUCGCGCAACGAUGGCGUCAUCUACGCGUACCCCCGGCUGGAUGUGGGCGACUAUCGCGUGAACGUCACCGUCACGGACGGCAAGUUCGCCGCGUACACGAUCGUGAAGGUUUCGGUCGAGCUGAUCAACGAGGAGAUGCUGGCGAACGCGAUCGUGAUCCGCUUCCUCAAGGUGUCGCCGGAAGCGUUCGUGCUGAGCCACCGGAAAGGCUUCAUCCGCUCGGUGCGCAAUGCGAUCGGGUGCAAGAUCAAGGACAUCAUCAUCAUCUCCGUGCAGCCGUCGAACGAUGACGACCUGAACCUGAUACAGCACCGCGCCCGGCGGGAGCUUUCCAACGGGACGGAGCGCGCGCGGCGCAAUGCGAACCGCGACCUGGACGUGCUGUUUACCGUGCGCAACGGGCAGACGGGCGGGUUCUACGCGGGGCACGAGAUACGGCGCGUGAUCGACGAGAAUCUGGAGGAGAUCGAGGACGCGACCAAGCUCCAAAUCGACGAGGUGGUCAAGUCGAAGUGUUUGCCGAACUACUGCAUCCACGGUGAGUGCGAGGACCGGAUCGUGCUGGACGCGAAGCUGAUCCACCCGGUGUCGACGGACGUGACGAGCUUCGUGUCGGCGCGGCACGCGCACCGCAUGGAGUGCGCCUGCCGGGAGGGGUACGGUGGCGACAAGUGCCAGCACGCGGUGAACGAGUGCUCGAAGGCGCCCUGCCCACCGUACAAGACGUGCAUUCCGGACUCGUCCGACCAGGGCUACCACUGCACGUGCCGGGAAGGGUUCGCCGGGCCGAAGUGCGAUCGGGACAUUACGCUGUGCCACGACGAGACGUGCUACGUGCCGCGCAACCCGGUGUCGUUCAGCGGCAAGAGCUACGCGCACUAUCGCAUCGAGAAGGAGAUCGCGCGGAAAAACCUGGAGGACCAGCUGGUGCUCGGGCUGCGGCUGCGCACGGUACAGCCGACCGGCAACAUCAUGUACUCGGCGGGCAAGGUGGACUUCAAUGUGCUCGAGAUCAUGAACGGGAUGAUCCAGUACCGGUUCGAUCUGGGGUCGGGCGAGGGACUGGUGAGCGUGUCGAGCAUCUUCGUGUCGGACGGGCUGUGGCACGAGGUGCGGCUCGAGCGGGAAGGCAACAGUGCGAAGCUGUUCGUGGACGGGAAGCACGUGGCGCAGGGCAAUGCGCCGGGCGUGAACGGUGUGCUGAACCUCCAGUCGGACGAUAUCUUUUUCGGCGCGGAGGUGAAGCAGCACCCGACCGUGCUCGGCUUCCAGGACGUGCAGCGCGGCUUCGUGGGGUGUAUGGACGAUAUACGGCUGUCGAAGAUACCGGUGCCGCUGCACAUGAAGGGUGCCAGCUCGGUCGCAAGCUUGCGGCAGUUCGCGAACGUGGAGUUUAGCUGCGACGCGGCGUCGGUGCUGGUGCCGCUGGGCGUUUGCGGCACGCAGCCGUGCUGGAAUGGUGGCACCUGCAAGGACAUCGGGGGCGGCAACUUCGAGUGUUUGUGCCACUCGCGCUUCAAGGGACCGUACUGCAAGGAGGACCAGAACCCGUGCGCCUCCUCGCCCUGCCUGUACGGGGGCAAGUGUUCGAAGGUUGGGUUCGGGAACUACACCUGCGACUGUCCGGCGCGCAUGUCGGGCAAGCGGUGCGACUACGGGCGCUUCUGCACACCGAACCCGUGCCGCAAUGGCGGUGUGUGUGAGGAGGGUGAUGAUGGGCCGCUCUGCAUGUGCCACGGGUACUCGGGCACGUUCUGCGAAACCGACAUCGACGAGUGCGAGCGACAGCCGUGCGGCAGUGGUGCGACGUGCAUCAAUGAGGCGGGCAGCUUCCGCUGCAUCUGCCCACCGGAGAUGACGGGGGCGAGCUGUGGCGAUCCGCUCAGCUCGAACGCACUGACGAUCGCGUUCAAGAAGGUGUCGUCGGAUCUGUUCUUCCUCGCGGUGGGCAUUGUCGGGCUCGCGCUGGUCAGCGUGGUGGUGUGGGGCGUCACCUGCGCCUGCCGCAAGAAGCGUCGCUCGAGCCGGCACGAGAAGAUCAACAACGAGGCGAACAAGGGCAUCGUGCUGAACCCGGUGUCGGAGGCGUCCGGCUACAAGCGCGGCUCGAAGAUGUCCAACCUGGAAAUACAGCGCGACCAGCGGCCGGUUUCAUACACGCCGAGCAGCAACAAUGCGGCCGACCAUCUGUACAACUGCAACGCGAUGCUGCAGUACAACAAUCUCGACACGCUGCGCAGCUACGGUUCGGCGGGCGAUGAGCUGGAGAAUGUGCCGCCCGAGUAUCGCAAAGGUACGGUACCGUGCACGCAGCAGAUGGUGGUCAACCUGAACAGUGGCGGCGGCGGUGGUGGUGGGAACGCAAACACCUCCGACACCGAGUCGCUGCACAAGCAGAAGUGGACGGAACAGAUCCAGCUGCAAACGUUCACCGACAAGAUCAACAACGAUCUGAAGCGGCGCGGACAGGGCGGAUCGCCCGAUCCGCUGCUGCAACAACACCAGCAGCAACAACACCAGCAGCAGCAACCUCCACAUCCCAGCACCACCACCCAUCUGCGUGUUUCGCCGAUGCAGCUAAAGCCGGCCCAGAUGGGCAUACUGCCCGGCCGACUGCUGAACACGCAGCACUCGCCGACGAUGCUGAUGCCACCGCACAGCUUCGAGGACGGGCCGGCGCAUAACGGCAGCACCGCCGCCUACCACUGGGACUGUUCCGAUUGGGUCGGGCGCGGGCACCAUCCGCUGCCGAACAUUACGGAGGUGCCGGGCAGCGAGGUGCCGGACUCGUCCAGCUUCCACAGCAACGAAAGCAAUGAAUCGCACCCGAAAGCUAGUCUUCUUCCGCCGAUUCUAGGACCGGUAGAUUCGACGCGAGACAUCGAAACGCUGAACGAGGAUAACGAGUCGGAGUACGUGGACGACUCGGAGUGUGAUCAGAGUGAGCAGCCGCUUUCGUUGGGCUUCGAGCAGAACUCCUCCAUAUCCUGCCUGAACCCGCUCGACAGUGGCAGUGAAGACUAUAGAUUUAACACAGUGCCUUUAAAAGUUAAUACACCUGAUAGUUAUCUGCGUCAUCCGAACAGCUACUUGCCGAAGUAUAACAUACAGAGCGAAACGGAGGGCGAAAAUGUGCCACUGACGGGCCGGAAGCCGCUGAACGGGCUCGAGAUCGGCCGGCACCAGCUGGUCGAGUCGGACGACGACGACGUCGAGUCGUACGGUUUUCCCCAAACGCGCCGGAACCGUCGCGAACCCAGUGAUAUCGAUUUAGUUUUAAAAACUGACGAAGGCAGCUCUCUGCUAAGCCAUUCCCGCACGCUGAACAGCUCCAAUCACUCGAACAGUGAUCUCUCCACCCAGCUGUGCGAGAUCGAUGACUCCGAGUACGAGGAGAGCCAUCAUCAGCAGCAGCAGCAGCAUCCCCCGCACCUCCAUCCCCAUCAUCAUCAUCAUCACCAGCAUCAUCAUCAUCAGCUCCCGCCACCGCAGGCGAACGUGUCGUCCGGUGGUUCGUCCGGUGGUGGCAGUGUCGCUUCGACCAGCGCCGGCAGUACCGGUGCGACCGCCAAACCGAAGCAACAGAAGGUCAAGUGGAGCAACGUCGUCCAGCAGACGGAAGUUUGACAGCGGCAGCUAAUCGAUGACAGCAGCAGCAGCAGCAGCAGCAGCACCCGCCCACAGAUGGCGCUAACAGAUAAGACUUAUUUUACUACUUCUAUUACUACUACUAGUACUUUUAGUGCUACCAUCAUGACUACUUUUAAUGCAAUCGUGUGCUGGUGGGGCACGCACCCCCUGCAGCAGCCACUAUUCCACGCAAUGGUAGCGCUGGUGCGAUCCCUGCCACUCGUGCGCGGCAGCACUGGGGCGCGUGCUACUGGUUCCGGAAGUCACUACCAUCACCACAAACCACUACUUCAUUCCAGCGCCACUGGUUCUUUGUGGUGGGAUAAUUUAUUUAAUUUAGUUUACAGCCGCACCCGUGUGCAGUUGGAGCAGCUCUUCUUCCCCGCGGUGCUUGUUUGUCCCUGUUUUUUUUGUCGGUGGCAAAUCGUUUUGUCCUAAGAGUAUCGGCCACAGUUGUUCAAGGUUCUUUUUUAUAAUUGCUUAAGUAGUGGGUAAUAAGCGAGGGCUUCACUUUACCAAUCAUCUUCCAUCAAACUGUCGUAUUGGAUAAGGAAAUAUCAUUCAAUUGUGCAUUGGCGAGGGAGGAGGCAAUAGCACAAUUGCACACAAACAACACUAUGUCCUCACAUUCUCAGCGUCAGGACAAAAAAGGAUCGAUUUCAUCAAAUCAACGCAACUAAGGACUGAACAAUAUUCACUGGAAAUCCAUUUUUUUCCUGUUCAAUUAAGUUGAUGGUAAGAAGAGAAGUUUAGUUUAGAUUAACGUGUAUCCACAUUCUUCUCCACAACAUAAAUAGCACGACGACCCUCGAUAAAGUCCGUAAAAUACACACCGCCAUCCAGGGCGAGAUAAUUGCAUGGGGUAGGUUUAACACACACACACACACCUCGACGCAAACACCUUCCAUUAGGAGAAGAUUCGAUAGGGAUUACCAGUUCAGUAUUCGGGCGCUGCGUUGCGUUUAUCAACCUUGGUGUCUCCUGUGUGUGCAUGCUUUCCUGUUAAGCGGCUAGCUUAAUUCAUUUCCCCACUCGUUUCUUGGUGAACUGUUUACCGACCGGUUCAUAGAAUGGUAGGGAGCGAAAUUCCGAAUGCCAUUAAUGGAUUUCCGCCUUAAGUGUGUCUCGUUUUUAUCGCAAUCGACACCUCGGUGGAACUUCACAAUCAACUCAAACGUACAACUGUUAUCCUACGACUGCUUUAUUCGUACUACUAAUUUGCCUUUAGUUUACCUCAUCACCUUUUUUAUGUUACUUUUGUACCGACCGUCACGAGAUUCCAACGUUGUAACUUAAUAUUCCACACCGGUUAGAUGGCGAGACGACGGAAACGGCUCCCCAUGCAUGCAAUAGGCUCUUUUGCCCUUUCUUUUUUCCACUAGGAUAUAAAGUGCAUUUUUGUAGCUACGUGGAAACAGCUAACACUAGUUUAGAAGAGAGGAAAAUAGGAAUUUGUGCAUCCAUUCUUGCCUCUUUUGUUUUACUCAACAUAAUCGCACAUUUUCACGUUCAUUGUUUUUUUUUAAAUAAUUACUAGAAGAACAAUACAUAACCCUUGGUUUGUCACGAUUUCAUUAAUGUGAGUUCUGUAAGGAAGCGAACUUUAUGUGGCCGCUCUAUUAUUUAAGGUAACAUGACCCCACCCUCCAAACUUCUACUUCAAACCCCUGUUUGUGUUGUGAGACGGCGGCGAGGAGAAGCUACUCCCCCGCCAUGAAUAGCGUUCGAGUUGGACGGUGGAGAAGCUAAAGUAGGAGAUAUUACAACAAAAAACAGCAGAAGAAAGUAUAACUUAGAAGUCCUUAGGAAGUCCUUAGUAAAAUAUUGAAAAGUAAGAGAAAAAAUUAACAAAAAAAAAACUAAACAAUCGAAGGAAUGCGAAGAAAGAAUGCGCCGAAAAAUUAAAAGCGCAGAUGAGCAACUGUAUCAUAUGACACAAACAAAAAAACACAUGAACCGACUAAACAAGGGAGAAAGCAAAACAGCCCGCAUACAAGAAUUAGGAUAAAACGAAUCAUGCGAAUCUUUAUUUUUACGUUUGGGAACAAAAGAACACAACCACGAAACACACGAACGUGCGGACGGGCGCGUGUUUAGUAGUGUAGCAUCAAUGGAAAACUCUCCACACACACACACACUUGUUCUCGCUAGCGGGAAGGGUGGGACAACUAUAUCAAAAGUAUUAGGGUUAAAUCUAGAACAAACAGGAGCAAGCAAACCAGAGACCGGUGCAGCAUGAAAUGAACAACAAAACACUCGUACUAAGGAAUAGCUCCAACAGCGAGUGGUGCAAAUGGAAAAGAAGCGAAGUUAGAAGCGAAGUAACUAGACUAUCAUAUUUUAUGGCAAAAAAACCCGAAAGUAGAUAAAGAGAUGAACUAUGCACUUCUUUAUAAAUUCUUUUUUAUUUCGACCAUUUUUAGUAGGCAAAAACGAUAGAAAUUGAAUCAACAUGCAAGUUUUUAGUUUUUAGCACACUAUUAAUUUGUUUAUUUGAAGAUAAUAGUAUAAAACAUAAUUUCAAAACAAACAAUUCUAUUUAACCUGCAACAGUUGUUGAAUGGAGAAGCAGAUUAAUAUACGAAUUAGUCUCAUUUCAUGUCCACGCACCCGGAGAUAAAGAAAGAGAGAGAGAGAGAGAGAGAAAGAGAGCAAGAGAGAUCAAACGAAAAGCGUAUUUAUACAGUAGUCGCAGCGCAGUGUGUUCUCCCUGUACUGAUCAAACGAAAAGAAAAUGUGCGCACUAAAUAGUUUGAUGCAGCACGCUCUGCCGAGAUCAUACGUGUGUAUGUAUGAAAGAGAGGAAGUAAAUAAAUUUCUGAGAUAAAUAUUUUUAAA